GAGACCUACACACCAGCAGUCACACUCUCAUUAGGACCACCUCAGAGGCACCAUGAAACUAACUAUCCUGGUCGGCACAUUGGUGCUGCUCUCUCUGUCUGUGCUCUCAGUGACUGGACAGGGAGAGCCCGGGCCCAGAGAGGCUCAGUGCCCGGAGAGGUCCAAAGAUGGGAUCUGCACCAGAGAGUAUAACCCUGUGUGUGGAACUAAUGAAAACACCUACGAUAACGAGUGUGCACUCUGUUAUCACAACGAGAUAGCCAAGGAAAAUGUCAUGGUCAAGCGCAAUGGCAAGUGUUAAAACAAAGGCAUAUAGGACAAGAGGUUCUGACGUCAUCAACAUCUUUCCACGACAAUUCAAAUAAUUUCUCCGCCAUUGUCUCAUGAAAUGGAAUGUGGAACUGCUUACAAAUGUCGCCUGAGACUUCCCCUAACUGCUUGCUCAUCCAUUAAGGAACGAGCCUGGAAGAGGGCCGCCCAACCCUGUUCCUGGAGAUCUACUGUCCUGUAGGUUUCCAAUCCUAACAAAGCACACCUCAUUCAACAGCUAGAGAGAUCACUGAGCUGCUAAUUAUUAAAAUCAGGUGUGCAAAAUUAGAAUUGAACUUUAAACUUACAAUCACUGGAUAGUCGGUCUCCAGGAACGGGAUUGGACAGCCCUGGCCUAGAAACACUAUAGUUUCUCUUUUUGUAAUCCGUAGGCCACUGCUUGAUAUGUAACCUAUAUCUCUAAUCUGUACACU